AUGCAGCAAAUGUGCCUGUCUCUGCUUUGCACUCUUUGCCUCCAUUUCAUUUGGCUUUGUGCUGCAGAGGAAGGUCUGGAAUUCCCCAACUUUGACGGCAGGGACCGGGUGUUGGACAUCAACGAGCGUAGCUACAAGAAGGCUCUGAGGAGAUUUGACCUGCUGUGUCUGUUUUACCAUGAGCCCGUGACUGCCAACAAGGGCCUGCAGAAGCGCUUCCAGAUGACUGAGCUGGUCCUAGAGCUAACAGCUCAGGUGCUGGAAAACAAAGACAUUGGAUUCGGGAUGGUGGAUGCUCAGAAGGAUGCCAAAGUAGCCAAGAAGCUGGGCCUAGAAGAGGUGGGCAGCCUGUACGUCUUCAAGGACGAUCGGGUCAUUGAAUUUGAUGGAGAACUCUCAGCAGACACUCUUGUGGAAUUCCUCCUGGAUGUGCUGGAGGACCCGGUAGAAAUAAUCAACAACCCAAUGGAGCUUCGAGCCUUCGAAAGGAUAGAGGAAGACAUUCGCCUCAUUGGUUACUUCAAAGGAGAGGAUUUAUACUACAAAGCUUUCCAGGAGGCCUCAGAACGUUUUCAACCCUACAUCAAGUUCUUUGCCACAUUUGAUAAAGCUGUGGCCAAACAUCUCUCCCUCAAGAUGAACGAGGUGAAUUUUUACGAGCCCUUCAUGGAGGAGCCCGCCGUACUGCCUGGCAGACCUUUGUCAGAAAUGGACAUUGUGGACUUUGUCAAUCAACACAGGAGGGCCACUCUGAGGAAGCUCCGGGCAGAGAACAUGUUUGAGACCUGGGAGGAUGACAUUGACGGAAUCCAUAUUGUUGCAUUUGCUGAAGAGGAGGAUCCAGAUGGCUUUGAGUUUCUGGAGAUCUUAAAGGACGUGGCCAGAGACAACACCAACAACCCAGAUCUGAGCAUUGUCUGGAUUGACCCUGAUGACUUCCCUCUGCUCACUACUUACUGGGAAAAGACCUUCAAUUUGGACUUGUUCAGGCCUCAAAUCGGUGUGGUCAACGUCACAGAUGCGGACAGCGUGUGGCUAGACAUGUCCAAUGACGAGGACCUGCCCACUGCAGAGGAGCUGGAGGAUUGGAUCGAGGACGUCCUGUCCGGCAGGAUUAACACGGAGGACGACGACUUGGAAGACGACCGUGGAGACUUUGACACGGACUUUACUGAAGACAGCAACGAGAGCCUUGACCAAGAUGAAGAUGAAGAUGACCUCAAUGACUGAGCCUGCUGGGAUCUUUACCAUAUCUCUUUAAAUCUCUUACAGAUUAGAAAUCAUUUUAGAGACGAAGAUUUGACCUCUUGUGCUGUAUUAUACAGAUAAGGUCAAUCUAAUGCUUAGU